AUGGAACUUCUUAAAUGCGCAAAAAACGCCGAAAAAUUGGAAAUCAUCAGUGCUGAUGGAAAGAAAUCUGAAAAGAUUCCACGGGGUGAAAAGAUUCUUUUUCUUGUUUUGUUACUGACGCUGCAUCGUGUUGGUCGAGGAUAUGUUGAGUCAAGCCGUCGUCGUUGGAUAAUGGAGGAAGAGUUCAGUUACAACAUCAACAACGGGUAUUUCUCGCAUUACUACGAAAUUUUAACAAGUGUCCAUUCUGAAAAGCAACCUGAUUUAUGCACUGUGCUGUAA